ACCCUAUCACACACCCAACACAAAUGACAAUCUCAUUCAUUCAAUUCUCUAACUUUCAACGUCAAAUUUUGAUUGUAAUUUCAGUUCCUAACGCACUCGCAGGUCGAUUACUUGGUCAGGUAACUAAAAAUGAAAAAUAAAUUAAAAAGAAAAAGUAAGUAAAACAGAGACACAAAUGGUGCUACGAUAACGUAGGUAUUAAGCUCGUGGUUUGGAUUCACAUUUCACACUCACCCGAAUUAACAAAAUGCUGAGAUCGCUGCACAAAGCUAUCACUCCUCUUCUCCGCAACAAGGAAUUCCCAUUAUCUUGCAAGAGCCCAACGCUUCAUAUCCACAGCGAGAACAAUUAGAAGAGUCAAGAUUGGAGCCACAACCCCCGUUCAUCAUGUUCAAUCCAUGUCAACUUCAACCAUUGUAUCACUAACUGACACAGAAAUGUCUGCACAAGACCAAGUUCAACAGGUUAAACUACUAACAUCAACCAAUGAUGCUUAUGGUGGUGUUAUUAUCGAACUGGAUCAGCCUAUGAAUUCUACAACAUUUGUCUCGAUCCUUAGAGCUUCAAUUUCACAUUGGAAGCAGCUGGGAAAGAAGGGCGUUUGGAUAAAAUUACCUAUUCAUCUAGUCAGUCUUGUUGAAGCUUUAGUUAAGGAGGGUUUUUGGUACCAUCAUGCAGAACCAAAAUAUUUAAUGCUUGUUUAUUGGAUUCCUGAAAGUCCAAGUACAAUUCCUGCAAAUGCCACUCACAGGGUGGGCAUUGGUUCAUUUGUCAUCAAUGAAAACCAAGAGGUCCUAGUUGUUCAAGAAAAUAGUGGGCAAUUUCAGGGAACUGGAGUCUGGAAAUUCCCUACUGGAGUUGUUGAUCAGGGAGAAGAUAUUUGUGUGGCAGCGGUAAGAGAGGUCAAAGAAGAAACAGGAGUUGACUCGGAAUUUUUGGAAGUAUUAGCAUUCAGACAAAGUCAUAAUUCAUUCUUUGAGAAGUCAGAUUUAUUCUUCGUGUGCAUGUUGCGGCCCCUUUCUUCUGACAUCCAAAUACAGAGCUUUGAGAUAGAGGAUGCACAGUGGAUGCCAUUUGAGGAAUAUGCAGCUCAGCCAUUUGUACAAACGAGUGAGCUUUUGAAGUGCAUAAAUGAUGCAUGUUUGGCAAAGAUUGAUGGAAAAUCUUCUGGAUUUUCUCCUGUAUCAACAUCAUCAAACUUCUCUGACCAGAAGAGUUUUUUGUACUUAAAAGCUGAGGCCUUGAAGAGGUCCAAUUCUUCGUAAGCAUCAUAAAAGGUUACACAACUAGAAAGGAUAUUCAAUUACUUUAUAUUAUUUGAUUCAUUAUGUGAACAAUGGUGUCUUCAUCAGGUAAGUUAGUGUUUUACCAUUAGUAGGCUUUGUCAUUUGAAAGCAGUUUUAGUGAUAAUCAAAUUUAGUUUCUGUAAGGAUGAUUACAGAAACUUUGGACGUUCAGCAGACGAUCAUUUUUGUGUUAAUACAUGAUCAUUU